CAAAACGGCACACAAUCCUCGCCGUUAUUACAAAUCCCAAAUCGCCGCCCGGCUCGCCCUUUCCGCCUCUUCGCUCCGCUCCGUUCCCACCCCCACAUGCCUCCUCCCCCUCGUCGCCACCCUUCCAAACCCUAGGCAGCCCGCCGGGCUCCCCAAACCCUAGAUCCUCCCCCGCCCGAUGGCGGGGGCCGCGGCGGGCCAGGUCCUGGAGCGGUUCCGCGCGCGGCUGCGCGAGGAGGCGGGGGGCGAGCCGGGCGCCGCCGCGGUGGUUUGCGUGUACGCGGAGGCCCUCCGCGACCUCACCUUCAACUGCAAGCCCGUCAUCACUGAGCUCACCAUCAUCGCGGGGCAGCACGCCGCGCUCGCUGCCAGGGGCAUCGCCGACGCCGUCUGCGCCCGCGUCGCCGAGGUCCCACCUGACCAGAUAUUACCAUCCUUGUAUCUGCUAGAUAGUAUUGUGAAGAACAUAGGACAAGAAUAUGUAGAGCAUUUUGCCGUUAGGUUGCAGAAAGUAUUUUGUGAUGCGUACUGCAGAGUUCAUCCCAAUCAGUAUGCUUCAAUGCGGCACCUCUUUCGUACCUGGUGGCCAGUGUUUCCUUCUUCUGUGCUCCGUGGGAUUGAGGAUGACCUUCAAUUCUCUCCUUCAGAGAAUAAGCGUCCUGCCACAGCGGCAAAUCUGCGUCAAUCAGAGUCGCUAUCUCCUAGGCUGUCUCAUGGCAUACAUGUAAAUCCAAAGUAUCUGGAAGCACAACAAAAAUUCAAGCAGGCCACUGCGGUGCAUCAGCCAGCAGCUCAUGCCACCAGGCAAGUGGCUGAUGUGGAGGAGGAUCAGAUAAAUGGGUUAACAUCGUAUGGUUCGCGUGGACGGCCUCCUUCAAAGCUCCAGAAAAUGCAGUAUGCUGAUGAUCCUGAUCAACAAGAGACAUUUAGAUCUCUUACUGGAAUGAUAAGGGCUACGCCACCACAUCUUUUGAGCACACAUCCCUCUUAUGUCAAUCCAGAUGGGCCAUUAACCAAUUCAAGAAGAAACUUGUCCAGAUCGCCACCUCUUGAUGUGCUCCCUAGGAACGUGCCCCCCAAGAGAGCGCUAGAGAGGCUACCACCAUCUCAUUCUGUAUUGGGACCUGACCCCAGAAGAUUGCCUGAUCGAAAUGGUAGGUCACGAUGGGCUUUUGAUGAUGGUGCACAGCGGCCUACAAUCAGCAUGCUUGAUGAAGAGUACAGGAAGCAAAGUGCAAGAGAACUUAUUGAUGCAUAUGGGAAUUGUCAAGGCAGAGAUGCUGAUGAAAGAUUUACCAAGAUGCAGCGUCUGGAUUCAAAUGGGAUGGCUAACAAAUCUAGUGCACAAAAUUGGCUCACUUCAGAGGAAGAAGAGUAUUCUUGGGAGGAUAUGAGUCCAACUUUGACUGACAGAAUCAGAAGCAGCAUGCCAUCUUUACCUCCUACUGGAACCAUGAGAGCUGGAUUUCCUGGGGCAAAUGCCGGACUACUGGAAUCUGAUAUUGGGAGGCACAGUUUCCCAAACCAAGCUCCUCGAUCAUCAGUUGAUGGGCCACCAUUAAAUCUCGAAGAUAGGAUUACUGCUACCGGUCAUGUUGACAUGUCCACUAGUAGCAGAUAUCCAAGCAAUUUUGGUGUUCAGAAUGAGGCUCUUUUGGAGUACCAGAGUUCUGAACAUACCAUCGAUCAUGGGAGAAUUCCUACCAUGCCAGCUCCACCUUGGCAGCAGCCUACUGGUCUGCCAUUGCGAGUACAAGCACCUGAACAUUCAUCAGUACUUAAUAGAAUACUACAACCUGCUGACGGUGAAAUGCCAGCCAAGAGGUUUGCUAUUGGUGGUACAUAUGAUACAUUGAAUGUAGAUAUACCCUUGUUGGAGAGGCGCAGAUCGUCAUCUGCUUCUGCUCCGAUAGAAUGGCCUCAUUCUCAUCAUACCCAGUCACAAACUUUACCACCAAUGCCACCUGAUACAAAGCAUGUUAGAAGUGCAACAGAUAGUCUAGAAAUUAGGCCAUUUAGUAGCCAAGGAGUUAGUUCAUCUGUAUUUGUUCCACGACAUCAAUAUGAUGCCUUGGAUCGGAAAACAGUAAGCACUGGUGGCUUAGCUCAACCACCGUCUCAACAGCCUGAUUUGUUGUCGUCCAGUCAACAAAAUGAAGCUACAAUUUUGGGGAACCAAGCUCAGCCCCAUCGUCCCCUGCAGUUUCAUCCCCAUCCUCACCAACAGGAGUCAUUUAGAAGCUUUGCCCCCGGCAUGUCUGUAUCCCCAUUCCAAGGACAAGGAGGUGGUGCAGCACCACCAGUUCCAUUUCUGCCAAAUUCUUUCUCUGUACCACCAUCUGUGCCACCCUAUGGUGUGCCGUCUACGCCCAGUUUUCCUCUGCCACCAUUACCUCCCGGACCACCUCCCGCUCCACUGCAGAUGGGUCCAUCAUCACAAGUUGGCGGCCCUCAACCAUUUGUCUCUGGACUGUUGAGUAACCUUAUGAAGCAGGGUGUAAUUUCACUGGAACCACCUAGCCAACCUGAGGACUCUGUUGGUGUUGACUUCAGUAUAGACCUCAAGGUACGAAACGAGUCUGUCAUCAAUGCUUUGUAUCAGGAUCUUCCAAGGCAGUGCAAAACUUGUGGCCUUCGGUUUAAAUGCCAAGAAGAGCACCGUGCUCACAUGGACUGGCAUGUUACAAAAAAUAGAAAUUCGAAGAAUCGUAAGCAAUCUUCACGCAAAUAUUAUGUCACUGCGGAGGAAUGGUUAAGAGCGGCAGAAACGGUAGGAAACGAUGGAGUUCCUGCUUUUGUGGCCUCAGAUCCAGACACGGACAGAAAGGAAGAGAAAGAAGUGGCUGUUCCUGCUGAUGAGGAGCAAACAGUCUGUGCGUUAUGUCAAGAGACAUUUGAAGAUUUCUACAGCGACGAGACUGAAGAAUGGAUGUACAAAGGUGCAGUUUACAUGAAUGCACCGGAUGGUAACAUUGAUGGUCUGGAAAGGCCACAAUUGGGACCUAUUAUCCAUGCUAAAUGUCGAUCUGGGCCCAGCAAUAUUUCUUAGGGUGGGCGUAGCUGGGACUCUUGCCUUGUUAGCUUUUCUUUGGUAGCGGCUGUAGACAUGACCUGUAAACUACUGGAGACUCAGAUUUUGGUAUGCUUAGCUUCUUUCCUCUCAUGAUGGCUACCAUUUGCAUAGAAUGCUAAUGUGACAAUACUGUAAAAGUGUAAAUCUUUCUGUAAUUCAGUGAUUGAGCAUCCAUAAUCUGCUAUGCAGUGACUAUUGUCAUGUGCUUGUUCUGUCAUCUUCUCCUUUCGUAGUUGCAUUACUAUGAUAUUAUGAAUAUAUGAUAUAUAUUGAAGUCUCAUGUCUAGAAUUUCAAGCAGCAUAAUCGAGGGUAGGCUUUUAUGUAACCAUGGCUUCACUGAACAUGCAAAACAAUAUCUUUCUAUUUUCCCUCUUUCUCCCUCGUUAAUAUCUUAUGCAGGACAACAUCAGCCUUGUAGUUGGCUGGUAGCUUCUGAAACAUCGAAGGGAUCAUGCAAGAUGACCAAGAGUGAUGGUAUCGGUCUACAGCUUUCCUGCAGAACCAGUCUACCAAGAGUGACGCCAUUACCUUUUUUAUUCAUCUUUUUGUAUUUUCUUUUUAACUUGAGAACAUUGUACAAGUAUUGUGAUGGUAUUCUUGGUCACUUGUAUGAUUCCAUCUCGCUGGAUAUGUUUGUGCAUGCCAAAUUCGGAUGAGAUUGAUCAGACUUUA